AUGACUAUUGCAGAAACCAUCAAAAAUCUCGCAGACAAUCCCAAAAUUCCAUGGAAGGCUAUUAUUACUAUCUUUUCAAUUGGGCAGUUUUCUUUUGAAACAUAUUUGACGUAUCGUCAAUAUAAAACCCUGGGCAAGAAAAACAUACCCAAGGUUUUAGAUGGCGAAAUAGACGCAGAAACUGUCAAAAAGGCAGAGGACUACUCUCGUGCCAAGGCAAAAUUUUCUAUCAUUUCCAAUGUUUACAGUUUGUUCCAGAACUUCCUAUUUUUGAAGUUUGAUCUUUUGCCGCGCAUGUGGCAUGUCGGCAUUUCCCUGGCCCACUUAAUGCCUGCAAAAUUAAUCGACAUGUCGACAAUUGCUCAGAGUUUAUACUUUUUGACUGUGAUCACCAACGCGUCCACCCUACUAAAUGUGCCUUUUUCAUACUACGAGCAUUUUGUCUUGGAAGAGAGAUUUGGUUUUAAUAAGCUAACUUUGAAAUUAUGGUUGAUCGACAUGGUUAAAAGUUCCUUGCUGAGUGCUUGUAUUGGAAUGCCUAUUCUAUACGUGUUUUUGAAGAUAUUCGACACCUUUCCAACUAACUUCCUCUGGUAUCUAUGUGCGUUUGUGCUAGUAGUGCAAAUUCUAGCCAUGACCCUUGUCCCAGUAUUCAUUAUGCCAUUGUUUAACAAAUUUACUCCGUUGGAAGAUGGUGAGCUCAAGACCUCAAUCGAAAACCUUGCCAAAAAGGUUGGCUUCCCGUUGGAUAAGAUUUUUGUUGUGGAUGGAUCCAAGAGAUCUUCACAUUCGAACGCUUAUUUCACGGGAUUGCCAUUCACCAGCAAGAGAAUUGUGUUAUACGACACACUGGUAAGUGAAUCAACUGUUGAUGAGAUCACCGCCGUGCUUGCCCACGAAAUUGGCCAUUGGCAAAAGAACCAUCUUCUUCACAUGCUGGCUUUUAGCGAAAUUCACUGUUUCGUCAUAUUUUCUUUGUUCACUGCUGCAUACCAGAACAAAUCACUUUACUCUGCCUUCGGUUUCUACGUUGGUACGGGAUCAUCAAACACCACUCACAUGGUCAUCACCCCAGAACUUCCUGUAAUGAUUGGAUUUAUGUUAUUUAACGACCUAUUACAACCGCUAGAUUGUUUGAUGAGAUUCACAACGAAUUUGAUCUCAAGACUUUAUGAGUUUCAAGCGGAUGCGUAUGCUAAAGGUCUAGGCUACGCUACCGAUCUGUGCAAGGCAUUGAUUAAUUUGCAUAUCAAGAAUCUUUCUACGUUGAACGUUGAUCCACUCUACUCCAGCUAUCACUAUUCUCAUCCAACUCUUCCUGAAAGAUUGGGUGCACUAGAAUAUGUAAGCACCAAGAAGAAUGAGUGA